AUGCAACAACCACUGACGAAUAUCCGGCUACGUGGCCAGCAAAAGCGACGGGUCGCUGAGGCGCUUCUAAACUGGCUGCCUCCAGGCCGUUCUGCUCCAGCUUUGCCCUUCCCAGUCAAGGUUGUAUGCAUAUCAGACACGCACAACAAGCAGCCGGUCCUCCCUUCCGGCGACCUGCUCAUUCAUGCAGGCGAUCUUACAGAGAACGGUUCCUUUGCUGAAAUCCAGGCCGGGCUCGCGUGGCUUUCAUCGCAGCCGCACAGGUACAAGAUCCUCAUCGCCGGAAACCACGAUGUGCUCUUAGAUGAGCAGUUUCUAGAGAAGUAUCCCGAGCGGCGUUACGGCCAGACCAAGACCAAGGCAGAUCUGGACUGGGGGAGUGUCAUCUAUCUUGAGGACAGUUCAGUGACCUUGGAUUUUCCACCACCUGAACCUCGCCGGGGGGGCUAUCAUGCCUCCCAGGGUAGCGACGACGUUACUGCAAUCGAGACUCGUCCGCGAAAACUAAAGGUCUUUGGCAGCCCCUGGACACCGCAGUACGGCAUCUCAGCCUUCCAGUACCAGCCAGACAGCGUUUCCCACUGGGCCGAAAGACUCGCCUCGCAAACCCCAGAUAUCCUGGUCUCCCACGGCCCCCCAAAACUCCACCUCGACGCACAAGGCGUCCAUCAAGCUGGUUGUCCAUACCUGAAUGAGGAGAUCACCCGAAUCCGCCCGCGCCUUGCCGUUUUUGGGCACAUACAUGCCUCAUACGGGCGUGAGGAUGUCGUCCUCGAUGCGAUUCGGAGUGCGUAUGACGAGAUAAUCAUCGGGUGGGGCGGCUGGGAGACAGUGGCCCGUAUGGCCGCCCUGGUGCUGUGGGCGAAAUUGAAGGAGGUUCUAGGCCGUGGGAGGCGGGGGGAGAAGACCACCGCUUUCGUCAACGCAGCUGUCGUUGGGGGGCGUAACAACGAGCUCCGUAACCCCCCGGUCGUCGUUGAGAUAUGA